GGGUUUGAAAUGCAGUUAAUUCUAAAUUCUUGGGAACCACGAGGUCGGUGGUACGUAAACACAUCAUUGAUCAUAGAAUAUAUUUUAUGUUUGUUUUGAAAUUUUGAAUCAAAAUGGUCAAAGUAAAGAUAGAGGACACAGUCGAGGAACCAGUUCCAAAAGUUAAAAAGGGCAAAGAAAAAAUUUCAAAGGAGAAAACUAAGAAAGAAAAGAAAGUGUCAAAGGCUGGAGAUAAAAAGAAACAAUCUGAAAAAGAAUUAUCAGAAAAUGGGCACGAAGAGUUAGCCACAGAGAAGGAAGAGAAAAAGAAAUCUAAAAAAGACCGAAAAUCGACAGACAGGACAGAAGAGAGUUCAACCAAAAGCAAAGAUAAAAAGAAGAAAUCGAAGAAGGAUGAAAAAGCAGCCAUAAAUGGGCACAGUGUAAAUUCAGAUGUUAAGACUGAAGCAGUGGAUUCUGAGAAUGAUGGUAACACUGUGAAUAGUGGUACUAAUGUAACAGCUCCGGACAAGGAGAAUGUCAUCAAAUCGGAGAAAACGGAGGAAGAGAUCCUAGGGGAUUUCUCAAACUUCAGAAUCUCAGAUUCCACAGUGGAAAAGCUCAAAAAAAGAAGUAUAAAUUAUCUGUUUCCUAUACAGUACAAGACGUUUAAUCAUGUGUACAAUGGGGAGGAUGUCAUUGGUCAAGCCCGUACUGGAACAGGAAAGACACUUUCCUUUGCAUUACCUCUUGUGGAAGUUUUACAGAAGAACAAAACACAGAGAAUACCUCAUUGUCCAAAGGUUAUUGCCAUGGUACCAACCAGAGAACUUGCUAAACAGGUGUCAGAUGUGUUUGAGUCAAUCAGCGACCGACUGAACGUGGCCUGUUUCUAUGGUGGAACUCCGUAUGAGAAGCAGAUGAGAGCCAUCAGAUCAGGGAUUGAUGUCCUGGUGGGGACACCUGGCCGAAUCAAAGACCACAUAGAGAAGGGCAACCUGGACUUCCGUGGUGUGCGGCAUGUUGUUCUGGAUGAGGUGGACAGAAUGUUGGACAUGGGGUUUGCAGAUGAUGUUGAGACCAUUAUAUCUUCUGCUUAUAAAACUGAGAAUGGAGAGAACCCUCAGACUCUGUUAUUUUCAGCAACUCUUCCCUCCUGGGUUCAUGAAACAGCCAGAAAGUACAUGAGAGAGGACAACCUGGCGAAAAUCUCUCUUGUUAACAGCCAGGAAAAUCGAACUUCCACGACGGUGCAGCAUUUGGCAAUUCGCAGCAGUUUCUGGGACCGUCCAGCAGUGAUUGGAGACGUCCUUCAAGUGUACAGUGGUAGGAAUGGCCGUGCCAUUAUAUUCAAUGAGACCAAGAGGGAGGCAGACGACCUGUCAUGCAGUGAAUACAUCAAACAGGACGCACACGUACUGCACGGCGACAUUCCACAGGAGAAGAGAGAGACCGUUCUGAAGGGUUUCCGAGACGGGAAGUUUAAUGUCCUUUUGACCACAGAUGUAGCUGCCCGAGGACUGGACAUUCCCGAGGUGGAUUUGGUUAUCCAGUGUAAUCCUCCGGAAGACGUGGACUCCUACAUCCAUCGUGCCGGACGAACGGGUCGUGCUGGGAAAAAUGGAGUCUGCAUCUGCUUCUAUAAACCUGAAGAAGAAAUGAAACUGGGGAAUGUGGAGUACAGAGCUAAAAUCAAGUUCCGACGGGUUGCUGGACCCACGAAGCAGGAUAUUAUUCGGGCAUCCGUAGACGAUGCAGUGAGAUCUAUAGAAGGGGUAGCAUCAGAGACACUGGACUAUUUUCGUUCAUCAGCGCAGGAGUUAAUAACAGACCGAGGUGCAGAGGAUGCUUUGGCUGCUGCUCUUGCCUUGAUAUCGGGCUCAACUAAAAUUACAUCGCGCUCUAUGUUGUCAUCCAAAGAGGGAUUCACGACAUUUUACCUGAGAACGAAUAAUGAAAUUCAGCGGAACAACUACAUAUACCGUGCAUUAGAAAGAUGUCUGCCAAAAGACCUGGUGGAAAAACUUCGAUGGCUCACUUUAUGCAAAGAUAGGAUGGGAGCCGUGUUUGACUUUCCUUCUGACUGUGAAGCUCAAGUCUUGGAUUAUUGGACAGAUGGGAAAUACGACACCUUGUGCAAGGCCACUGAACUCCCAGAUCUGCAAGAGAGAGAGAGACCGUUUUCCUCGGGGAGUCGUGGAGGGAGGGGGAGAGGAGGAGGCGGUAGAGGCUUCGGCGGGGGUCGGGGAAGGGGAGGGGGUAGAGGAUUUUCAGACAGGACAUUUGGAGGCUCAAACAGGGGAGGGUUUAAUGGGAGAGGGGGAUUUAAAAGAUUUGCCGACAGGAGUGGGGACUUUCCACAAAACAAAAGGAUUCGAUUUUGAUAUUGCAAUACAUGGAUUCAUACUAUUUAUAUGUAUGUUGUGCAAUAAAUUAAAGUCAAUUCAGUCGAGUUAAUUGCCUAUUUAAAGUUGUAGACAAAGGGAAAAACUCGCAUAUAGCUACCACAUUGAAAUGGUGAAUUAAUUUACAGCAAAUAUUGCAGAAUACGGCGUUUAGUUAUGUGUUAUAGGAUGCGAUCAAAUCAUUCGAUUGUUCUAUAGAAUUUGAUCACGGGGCGUCCCAGUAAAAUUUUGAAGAUUAGUAGUGUAGAUCUGGCUCCGUUACCGAGGAUAGACGUACGAUUUUGUAAAUACCCUGGACUUUUUGGAAUCACAUAAAUACUUAUAGUCACAUAAAUGGUGUACAUUUCAAUGAUAUAUAAAAAUGUGUGUACAUUUUUGAUGUGUGAAUUUAGCCAUGAUUACUUGAACGUAUAUCGUUGAAAUAAUACCUUGGUUUAGAAAAUGAAAGUACGUGUUCUUGAAUUAAAGAAUUGACUCAGAAACUGUCAAUUUUCAAAAAACGACGAAAUACUUACGAACAAACUGUAAAUUUAUCCAUUAUCAAAUUCCAGAACGAUCAUGAUUAAAUCGAAAAUUAAUUCCAGAACACCCUGAUUGGCCUAACACAGACACCAAUCUAGGGAAGUAUUCUAACUUUCAUUUUGAGUUGGUUUUACCCUCCAAAAGUUCCAUCAGGAUAGCAACUUUCAUUUUAGCAUCCAGUUUUGUUUUGCGUAACAUGGACUCGCUAUCUUAGAUUCUCGCUAACAGUAAUAAGUUUGGGUAUAUUAAAUGAAAUGCGUUUUAGAAUAUUUAUUCGAAAGUUGAGAAUAAAAUUUUAUAAAUGCUACGUU